AUGAGUAUCAAGAGAGUUGAAGCAGACGUGGAGGACGGCAGGGCGAAGGAGAGUCCUUGUUACUUCUGCGGGGACACGUUCGAGAUGGGAAAGUUACAGAAUCAUUUGAAACAAUGCGGCAGCAUCUUAGAGCAGUGCCCACUGCGGUGCGGCGCCUGGAUACAGCGCAAACACAAAGACACUCACGUGAAGGAAUGCCCGCUGAUGGAAAAGAGUCGUAACGUCUCGUCCGCGAGUCACGUGAGGGUGUCAGACCCGGUGCCGCCGGUCGUCAUCAACCACACGUGGAACGCCAGAUCCAUUCCCUUAGAAGAUUGUGUGUCUUUUCUCGAGAAAGAAGUCGCUGCUAUCAAACUAGUUAUUACUGAAGAAUCAAGUCAUCGCGACAUACAAUCAACAGAGUUAGAGAAUAUCCGAUCGAAGUUAAUUCUGGUCGAAGAACGCACACAGCAUUUCCUUUCAAAUAUAGUAUCUCUUCGCGCGACUGUUGAUGAUGAGGCGGAACGAGCUUCGAACUGGGCCGCGCAGUUCAAACACGACGUUUCCAAUGUGCAAUUAGCCUUACAGGAGCUGCAGAAUCAGCAGCUGAAUACUGUGAUGAGGCUGGAAAGUGCUAUCAGCAGUAUAGUGCAUGAACAGAACGAGAGGGAGCUACUGGAGCAAGCUCUGACCCAACAUGAUAAUAGAAUCCGGACGAUAAAUAGUUUAGAGGAAGUCAUUGAGUACAUCAAACGAACGGUAGAAGAAGAAAGAGAAAGGAAUGCGGAGAGUCGCGCAAUGUUGGAAAACGAGCUGCUGGAAGCACGAAGAUCAUCGGAGCAGGUUACACAGUUGGCCACUUUGAGAUUGCAAUUGGAAAACGCUGCUACUGGUGAAAGACCGGCAAUAGACCGCCUAGCAGUGCUAGAAGUAGCGACAGCAGACGCUCGAGCCGAAGCGGCCGAGCAAGGUACGAGGAUGGACAUCGUGUCACGAGAUCUGCGAGCGCUGACCAAGUCCUACCACAAGAUACGCAGCGAGCUCGCCGACUUCCAAACUAGGAUCAGUUUGGAUAGCCCUGAGUUUGGUGGAGACGAUGGUCACCUAAUUUGGAGGAUAGAUAAGUUCACGACUCGGAUGAAGGAGGCAAAAGAGAAUGACGCGGUGCUGACGAGUCCUCUCUUCCGUACCAGCAAAUAUGGAUAUACACUUAAGGCAGAAGUAAAUCUUAACGGUAUAGGCAAGUGGAAAGGACGUCACUUAACGUGCACGGUGCGGCUCGUCUCAGGGCCGUACGAUCCGCUGUUGGAGUGGCCUUGCGACCUGAAAGUCAGUAUUAUACUGAAAGACCAGCCUGCUACCCGCAGUCAGGCAAUGGACAUAGUAAAAUCUUUAGAUCUCCGUCGCAAAUCAUCGUCUAAGCGACACGACUACGAGGAAGAGGAAAAAACGAGGUCUAAUGAAGCUCUUGAUAAGGGUAUAUUGCAGUUGAAAAGGCAGUACAUCUUCAUACCACACACGAGUUUGGACAAGUUUGAAUAUAUAAAGAAUGAUGUUAUGUUCUUGGAGUUCUUAGUUAACCAA